CCGGUACCGUGGUCUGACGCUUCGCUCAAUUUCCGACAGCGUAGCUCUGGCUGCCACCAGCUGUGGGGUUCGAAGGUUCGAGUCCCACUGCGGGAAUGAGCCUCUUUGACCUCUUUCGGGGCUUUUUCGGCUUUUCUGGACCUCGGAGCCACAGAGAUCCCUUUUUUGGAGGGAUGACUCGCGAUGAAGAUGAAGAUGAUGAGGAAGAAGAAGGAGCCACGUGGGGCCGUGGGAGCUCGAGGUUUGAGGGUCCCCAGCCCCCCGAGGAAUUUGGCUUCGGCUUCAGCUUCAGCCCAGGAGGAGGGAUGCGUUUCCACGAUAACUUCGGCUUUGAUGACCUAGUACGGGAUUUCAAUAACAUCUUCAGCGAGAUGGGGGCCUGGACCUUGCCUUCCCGCCCUCCUGAACUUCCAGGUCCUGAGUCAGAGACACCUGGUGAGAGACGGCAGGAAGGACAGACGCUUCGGGACUCAAUGCUUAAGUAUCCAGAUAGUCACCAGCCUAGGAUCUUUCGUGGGGCCUUGGAGAGUGAUGCAAGAACUGAAUCCUCCAAACCAGCACCAGGCUGGGGCUCCCAGAGACCUUUUCAUAGGUUUGAUGAUACAUGGCCUGUGACCCCCCAUUCUAGAGCCAGAGAGGACAAUGAUCUUGAUACCCAGGUUUCCGAGGAGGGCCUUGGCCCAGUUCUGCAGCCCCAGCCCAAAUCCUAUUUCAAGAGCGUCUCUGUGACUAAGAUCACUAAGCCAGAUGGGACAGUAGAGGAGCGCCGGACUGUGGUGGACAGUGAGGGCCGGAAAGAGACCACAGUAACCCAUCAAGAAGCAGGUGGCUCUCCUAGGGAUGGUCCAGAAUCACCAACACCUCCAUCCCUGGAUGAUGCCUUUUCCAUCCUGGAUUUGUUCCUAGGACGUUGGUUCCGGUCCCGGUAGCCUUGUUAACCCUCAGAGGCCUUUAGGUUCUUUCCCCCUCCCACCCUUUGCUCACCAGCAAUGGGCUUAGUUCUCCUCCUGCCGCCUCAGCACCUUGGGUGUGUGGAACAGUGAAUUGAGGGUAUGUCAGUAUGUCACUCACCCAGACUGACCAAUAAAACCUUUAUUUAUGCUAA